UUGCGUGGAAGACGCCCAAGUGGCAACCGAUGCAGCGUGCCAUGUGCCUUUGCAGGCGUUGGGACUGUUGCCAUUUGGAAUUUCUCGCUCCUCUCUUCCAUUCGAUGCCCCUGUAUUCGCAAAACUAUGGGUCAUUGCGUGCGUGCACUAACGUUCGAAGUUUACAAAGUUGUUGGUGGGACGUUGUUGUAUGAAUAGCUUGUGGAUGGAGACAUGGUGGAGAACGGAGUUGAGAAACGUCUGAUUAAGUUUCAGAGUUGGGUCUUUCGUGUAUGAACCUUGGUGGGCAGAUUUUGUGUUGUAGGUGUUGUGAUCACGGCGUCGAGAGUUCGCGAUUAAGUGGUACUUGUAGUGAGCACUACAGCAAUUCGUUCUGUUUGAGUAGCGUAUAAUUUAGCACAAUGUCCGCGGGACGGCGCGCUACAAUUUAUCUCGCAUCCGCUCUUCGCUCUCAGUAUGAGAAUAUAUCCUCGACGGGGUUGCGCACAUUGCGCGUGCCGCAAGUAAGGGUAGCUGGUGUUCAUGGGUCCUCGGGAGAGGGCUCCACCUCUGGGGACACUUCCCUAGCUUCUAAGGGUCCAUAUUCGUCGAAGUUGAAGACCAGACGGGUGAUUAGCUUUGAUGGGCCGGAUGUUAUUGAUUUCUUGCAAGGGCUAGUCACUAACGACGUGAGCAAGCUUGUGAGGGAGCCCUCGGGAGAGACACCUACUCCCUCGCCGAAUGCCCCAUUGGUUUACCAGCCCCCGUUGUAUGCAGCAAUGCUGAAUUCUCAGGGCAGGUUUCUGUAUGAUUUGUUCUUGUAUAAACCAAGCGCGGGAGCGGAGAAGCUGGAUCGUUCCGGGUCAGGUCCUGGGAAGAGUAAGGAUACGCCUGAGUUGUUGGCGGAUGUCGACGCAGGCCUUGUUGAUGAGAUCAUUGGAUACUUGAAGAAGCAUAUUUUACGGAAGAAAAUUGAGGUUAAAGACGUUUCAAAGGAUUUCUCAGUGUGGCAACAUUAUGGGGGAACUUUAGCGGAGAAGCCAGAUAACACAACUGAAUCCGAGGCUGGAGCAAUUGGGUGGGGAGGCACAAAGGAUGAGAGUGCUCUGCGUUCAUCCGAAACAAGUGGUGAUGAAUGGCUUUGGUACAAGGACCCACGGCUGAGCACCUUGGGGCUGCGAGGCGUCUUCUCAACAAGUGCUCUACCCCCUUUGGUGGAAGCUGGCACGAAAGUAGAAGAGGACUACUAUCUUUUGUGGAGAAUGGAACAAGGAGUUGCAGAAGGUUCCACCGAGAUUCCUAAAGGUGAGGCCAUACCACUGGAAUACAAUCUGGCAGGAUUGAACGCAAUCGACUUCAAUAAAGGAUGCUACGUGGGCCAGGAACUUGUCGCACGCACCCAUCAUCGAGGUGUAAUUCGCAAGCGAGUUAUGCCCCUUAACUUCGUACAGGCCAAUGGAGAGGAAGCACAAGAUGCCGUUACCCCUGGCGCGGAUGUGGUGGACAAGAAAGCUGGGAAGAAAGUUGGUAAAGUCACGACGGUGCUGGGUCCAAGAGGCUUGGGCUUGAUACGGCUUGCCUCUGCCAGCGAUGGAAGCGAGUUGUGUAUCGAAAACCAGGAAGACAUUCACGUGAAGGCUGUGCGACCCAAGUGGUGGUUUAGCGAGUGGGGUCAUGAAGAUGAGGGUCAAGCUGCUAGCAAUGCAUAGCCUUGAAAGCUUCUUGGAGACUGAGAACUUGAAAUUCUUCACAAGUUUAGAAUAACCGUGACCUUUGCAGUCAUGGAGUGCGUCUUAUCGGGUGAGUUCCUGGUGAGUUAUUGUGCAAAUGAAGAUGGGUACCUCUCAAGCUGUUGCGUGAUGCCCGUGAUGUGUAGAUAAUUCAUGAAAAACUGAGAAAGCGGUUUGAGCACCGCCUCUGACAAGAUGUAAGGAGCAUGACAGUCUCUCGUUUGAUCCGCUUUCAUGGAUCCUUACCUCGAGUUGAUUGUAUCCUCAAUGAAAUAAGCUAAAUUAUGCAUCACAUUCUUCCUGUAUUGAUA